AUGGUGUCGACGAACACGUCCAAUUCUUACUAGAACAUUUGCAGCAUUUUAAUGAAUAUCAAGUCGAAGAACCUGAUGAUAAUAUUCCUUGUGAUAACAAUGAUGAAAAUGAACCAGUGGAAUGUAUG